AUGGGCGACGACGAGCGGACGCUGCUGCUACCAGGCCAGCCCUUGCCUUUCCCGCACGGCGCCAAGGUGACGCCGGGCGCUGGAACGUAUGCCCGUGAUGGUUACAUUGUGGCGAGCCGCGUAGGCUAUAGCGAAGGCGGUCUGGCGGGUGUGCCUUCUUCGGCGCACACCACCGCCAGUGUCGUAGGGACCCAAGUACCGCUCGUACUCCCCCGAGCAGAGAGCACUAUUCUUGGACGUGUGACGCGUGUGACACCUCGUCAGGCGACUGUGUCCAUUCUCGUCGUCGAUGGCUUGCCGUGUGGUGGUGCGCAAGCGACGUCGUCGGGUACACGCUCGAAUCAUGCCGCCGGCGAAGGCAUUGAUGGCAGUGAUUUCCAGGGUAUUGUGCGUGCGCAGGAUGUGCGCACGACAGAAAAGGACUCGGUUGUUCUCAGUGAAUGUUUCCGCCCUGGUGAUAUUAUCCGUGCCGCCGUGAUUUCCCUAGGCGAUGCGCGUUCGUACUAUUUAUCUACAGCACGCAAUGACCUGGGUGUUGUCCAUGCUACAGGUGGCGCGGCUACACAAUAUGGAUGGGCCCCUGCACGGCAUAGUUUGCAGCCGCUUUCCUGGCGUGAAAUGGUCGAUCCAGCGACGGGACGCACAGAGAAGCGCAAAUGUGCCAAGCCAGCAUGGCUCUAG